UAGGAGCUCACUGCAGCUGCAACGCGGUGGAGGAGUAGGAGGAGGAAUUCCGCAAUGUGCGCAGGGCCUGGCAACCAUAUGGUGGCUCCUAAGGGUGGUGCUAAUGGUGGUGGCACAAGCCUCGAGCGAGAACUUUACUUUCCGGCUCAGUCGACAACUGCUUAGCGGCCAGGACACACAUCUAGUCAGCGGAAUAAAUCAGCGUCAGUUGGAACAGCUAAGAUGAUACCGCAAAGCGAGAAUACCCCUCUGACCGAAGAUACUUACCUUGAGGAAUCCCAGUUCUCGGAGCAUUGUGGCCAGAGUCGUUGUGGGCAGGCCCAAACUGCCUUUGAGGUUUACCAAAGAAUCCUGCACCGAUUACAAAACCAACCACAAGAAAAUGGCACAAGAGCUAAUGAAAACGAGCUGGAGAAGCAGAUUUGGCUAGCCAGCUUUACAGGAAGACCCAUACAAUACCAAUGCUAGUUUAAUAUUAAUCGAACCAAAGAACCCUUGUUAAAGAUUUAUAAAAAACGAAAAAAAAACUAAAAAUGUUAUAUUUACAGUUAAUUUUAGACAAAUAUGUUCAUUCCCUAUAAGCAAAAAUAAUAAAAGACAUGUUUCUUUUAAAAACCUUUA